UUCAGACGGGGAAAGAACCCAAAUCCCGCUCUUUUGAUUUUGUCUCACAAAUCGAAGAAAAGAGCGAUGGCCUCUUCUUCUUCAACUUCUACUGUCUCUCUCUACUUUCUCUCACUCUGUAUCUGUCUCUAUCUUGGUUCUUUCUCUGUUUCUAGCGAAGAACUUACUUACAAAGUUGUUGAUUUGGAGAACCCAGUUCUGCAAUUCAGUCCAUCUUUUUUGCCUGGGUAUGUCACGUCCGAUGGUGCUAAACAAACUGUACAUUGUGGUCGUGUUCAAAUUGGUGGUGUUUCUAGGCUAAAAUUCCAGAGCUAUGCGAAUUCCCUUCGGGUUACUCUUACACCAUCUGUUGUCAUACCUGAAAAACUCCAUAACAAAGUUCAAGUAUGUUUCCAUCGGAAUGCUUCUCUUGGGUUGUGUCAGUGCGGGAAAGAUGACUGGAAGACCAUCCAAAAUGGCCAAUGGAAUGCUUUGAUGUCACCUUAUGAGAACCGUUAUGUGGAUUUGAUGUUUAGGGAUGGGGUAUCUGGAUCAGUAAAAGUAUCCGUCGAAGAAGGAGUUCAUAGGUGGCGCUUAUUCUGUCUUGCAUUUGGAUUUGUUUUACUGCUGCUGGCACCAUUUUUAAGUGAAUCUGUGCCAUUUUAUUAUAGCAGCUCAAUGGCAGUUGGAGUCUUGCUUGUUGUUUUGAUCCUUCUAUUUCAGGCUAUGAAAUUGAUACCUAUGGGAAGGAAAAGUGCCUUCUACUUUGCAAUAUACACUUCUGUGAUUGGAGUCGGAUCUCUUAUUAUAAAUUACUUCUCAAUGCUGGUCAACUCAAUUCUUGUGAGUUUUGGUCUGAGUGAAGACAUGUAUAACCCGGUGUCUAUAUUUCUAUUAGUAGGAGUUAUCCUUGCAGGAGCUGCACUGGGCUACUGGAUCAUGCGUAAAUUUGUUAUCUCAGAUGAUGGACGAGUGGAUGUUGGUGUAGCUCACUUCAUGAAGUGGGCUAUGCGUGGUGUUGCAAUGACUUCCAUUUUUCAGAGUUCCCUUGAUACCCUUUUCGCAGUGGUGGCAUUGGCAUUUUGUUGGGGUGCUUGUUUCUGCAUUAUGUCUCCCAGAUGGCGUAGUGCAAAGGCGGGGAACCAACUAGCAAACAGAAGUCUGUGGCUGAAAAAGGUUAAUAAUGUGUCCCCAAAUCAUAACCGGCCUGAAUUUUUGAGCAGGACACCACCUAAGAGGCUGUAUGAAAAUACCCUGUGGAGUAGCCCCAAACAGUCAUUUGCUUGGGCCGACUCUCCCACAAAAGGUUUAGUGAAGUCGUCAUUUAAUAACAAUGAAGACUUUGAGGAACGUUUCUACUCGUCCUUUCACAAGACACCUACUCGCAGGAAAUUUUCUAAGAGAGAAUGGGAGGGUUUUACAAGCGAAUAUACCAGAAAAGCUGUUGCUGACUUGGCAUCAUCGCCGGAGUUCAGCGAUUGGAUUGUUGAGAAUGCUGACCGCAUCAAAAUGGAUCCUGACAAUAGUUCAGAUGACGACAGCAUUGGAAGCGGAGAGCAUACCUCAGAUGAGACAGUUGUGGAUAGCAGCAGCAGGCUUGGCUUCUUGAAGUGGUAGUACUUUAUCAACUAAAUCGCUGGCCAUCAGACUUGCAUUAGAUUGAUUGUAUAUAAGCAUUGUAACAUAAUUUGAAGACGAGUCUAGGUUUUUCUUUUCUUUUGUUUUAGGGAAUCUGAGUCUUAUGCCUACUUGCUCAGAUUGUAAUUGUAAGGGAUAGUUCUGGCUAAUACGUAGCAACUGUUUCAGCUUCCUAGCUAUUAAUAUAGCAAUUUCUUAAA